AUGCCUUGCAGCACGCCAUUCCUCUUCCUCUUCCAUUGUUGCGUCGCGUGGCCUUGGCUGUGGACGACGGCUUCCCUGUGUGGAAAGGGUGCGAUUAGAUUUGGCACGAUGAGUCGCAACGGCGAGCUUUGCCUCAAGAAGGUGAUUCUCUCCUACUGCCCCGGCAAGGGGUCGCCUAACACGCGCCAGUUCCUCGCGACACACCUGCCCGCCUUCCACGCAAAGUACCCGAGCGUGACGAUUGACAUCCGCCCGCGGUUGUGGGCCGAGACAAGCGUGACCGGCGUCUACCGCGACGGGAGCGAGCGGAGCUACAAGACGAAGUUCAUGAGCCCAAUGGGCAUCUGGCUGCGGCUGCAUCGCCUGGUGAACACCGCCAACGACUACGACCUGCCGUUCUCCGCCUCCCACCUCCACUUCCAGCGGCGCUCGGUGCAGGGGACGUGGAACCCGUGGCUGUGGCACUACGAGAGCGAGCGCCGGCGCACGGAGACCCCGCAGUGGCGCCGAAAACUCUCCGAGGAGGAGUGGGACUACUACGUGGAGCAGUAUAGCGCACAGAUGAAGCAGGAGGAGGAGGCGAUUCAGCAGCGCGUGGCCGAGCACACAGAGAUACCUGAGCAGAGCACUAGGGAGGUCCAGGAGCGGUGGAAGCAGCACGUCAUGCCGCGGCUGCAAACGGAUAUGGAGUUUAACCUCUCCCACUUCAAGCGGCAGCACGCGCGAGGGCAACUACCUGAGCCGGUGACGAUGGGCGAGUACCGGCUCUUCUCCGUGCCUGACCACCGUGAGCUUGGGCAGGAUGCAGUGGACAUGCUGCGGCGAAGAGAGGCAAAGCAGCAGGAGGAGUGGUGGAGGCGCCGCAAGGGGCAACUGAAGCCACCGAAGUGA